UUUUUAUGUGUAUGUAAAUGUAAACUUAAAUUUUUGCCACAUAGUUAUUGUAAAUAUGUGGGUGUAAUGAACUUAAAUUAAAUGUUUUCUUAUUUAAUUAAAUAGAACAAUUUCCAUUUUUAUAUGUAUUAUAAAUGUGCCUAAAUUUAGUGUCAUGAGAAGUCUGUUUUUUGUAAUUUGUAUCAUUAUUAUUAGUUGCCACAUAGCAAGAUGUUCUUCCAGAAACAACAAAAAAUUAAUAAUAGAAAAUAUAGCUGACAUUAAAGACUUUAAAAAGUUACUCAGGACUAAAACUAAUGUCUUAAUUUGUUUCUAUAAUAACUAUAAACAGUCCCAAAAUGUUAUCAAAGUGUUUAAAGACGUUACAGAAAAUAUUAAAGGAGAAGGGACUAUGGCUCUCAUCGAUUGUUCAGGAGAUGCCAAAAAGAUGUGCAAAAAACUAAAAAUAUCAACAGACGAUCCAUAUGUUAUAAAACACUACAAAGAUGGCGAUUUUCAUAAAGAUUAUGAUAGGAAGUUUACUGUCAGUUCUAUGACCAAUUUCAUGAGAGAUCCAACUGGAGACAUACCAUGGGAAGAAGAUGUUUCUGCUACUGGAGUAGUUCAUAUUCCAGAUGCAAAUACACUGGCGAAACUAUUAAAAAAGGAGCUGAGGCCAUUAAUGGUAAUGUUCUAUGCACCAUGGUGUGGAUUUUGCAAAACCCUAAAACCCGACUAUGCAGAAGCUGCAAAAGAAUUGAAAGAUGACGCUGUUCUAGCAGCUAUUGAUGUUAAUAGACCUGAGAAUACUGUUGUAAGAACGCAUUACAACAUCACUGGGUUUCCCACACUGCUUUUCUUUGAGAACGGUCAUCUUAAGUUUCCUUACGAAGGGGAAAACAAGAAAGCAGCGAUAGUGUCCUUCAUGCGUAAUCCAUCAGCGCCACCGGUCAAAAUCAAAGAAGCAGAAUGGUCCGACGUCGAUAACGAUGUAGUUCACUUGACCACAAGCAGUUUUGAUCCAGUGUUAAAAGACGAAUCGUCAGUGUUAAUAAUGUUCUAUGCUCCUUGGUGUGGUCAUUGCAAAAAAAUGAAGCCGGAAUAUGAGGCUGCAGCUGCUCAAAUGAAGAACGAAGGAAUUCCAGGCAUGUUAGCUGCAGUGGACGCCACCAAAGAACCCACACUGGCCUCUAGGUAUUCAGUCAAAGGCUAUCCAACUGUUAUUUACUUCUCAUUCGGAGAACAAAAGUUCGACAUCAACGUUAGAGACGCUUCUAAAAUUAUAGACUUCAUGAAAGAUCCUAAAGAACCUCCACCACCACCCCCGCCAGAAAAACCUUGGGUUGAUGAAGAAAGUGAGGUAGUUCAUUUGACCGAAGAGACAUUCAAACCAUUCCUAAAGAAAAAGAAACAUUCCUUGGUCAUGUUUUAUGCUCCAUGGUGUGGACAUUGUAAAAAAGCCAAACCUGAAUAUACUCAAGCCGCUGCAGAGUUCAAGGAUGAUCCCAGAGUCGAAUUUACUGCUGUUGAUUGUACUGUAUACCCAGCAGUCUGUAGUGCAAACGACGUGACAGGUUAUCCCACGUUUAAAUACUUCAGUUACUACAAGAAGGAGAUGAAAGACUAUAAAGGUGGAAGAACGGCUCCUGAUUUUAUAGACUUCAUGAGAGAACCCGACAAAGUAGUAAAUAUUCCUUCUCCGCCUGCUGAGCCGGCUGAAUGGACAGUGGAUCCUGCCGUGGUGUUAUUAACAGACAAAAACUUCCGAACUCAGCUUGCGGACAAAGUGGUUCUAGUCAUGUUCUACGCUCCUUGGUGUGGGUACUGCAAGAAAAUGAAGCCGGAGUAUAACGUAGCAGCCCAGCAACUUAGCUCUGAAGGACACAAAUAUUGUCUUGCCAUGAUUGAUUGUGCCGAAAAUCCAUCAAUUGCUGAAGAAUACAACAUAUCCGGGUUCCCGACACUGAAAUUAUUUAAAAACGGAAAAUUUGUUGCCGAUUAUAACGGGAAAAGGACUGCUGAUGAUUUAAAAACUUUCGUGUUGAAAUAUAUGAAUAAUCCAAAAGAGGAGUUGUAAAAAGUGAUUGUAGGUAUCUCGAAUCAAGCUCAAAAAUACUCAUGCUCAUUAAACUGCAGAUCUGAUAUUUAAAGGUGACUAAUUUAAUGAAAAUAAUAAAAAAUCGAA